AUGACAAGCAAUGCAUCAAUGACAAUUUCAUCAAUAGAAGAAGAGAGUAUUGAUCGAGAUCGUAUUGUUAAUGGUGAUCUCGUACCUGAUGAAUAUUUUUGUCCAAUUUGUCAAUAUCUUUUAUGGAAACCACGUUCAUGUUCAUCUUGUCAACAUCUUUUUUGCGAAAAAUGUAUUCGAAUGUGGUCAGAAAAUUCAAAUAAUGAAAAUAAAUGCCCAUUUCGAUGUCAACCAUUUGAAGAACGAAGUUGUCCACCAUAUCUUCAAUCAUUAUUAUCUCAUUUAAAUAUUCAUUGUCGAAACUCAUCAUUUGGUUGUAGAGAAGUUCUCUCAUAUGAUGCAUUGGAACAUCAUGAAAAUGUUCAAUGUCAAUAUUUGACUCAACGAUGUUCAGAAUGUGAAAAAUUGGUACUUAUAUCAUUACUUGAUGAGCAUCGACAAAUCCCGGGAUUUUGUGUUCCGCAGCCAAUCAAAUGUACUAUUUGUCAAAAUCAUAUAGAAAAAUCUGCUUUUAGAGAACAUUUUCAUGAAUGUUGUCAAAAGAGAAUAAAUGAGUUAAAUCAGCUGGCGUCUUUACGACAAAAUUUACAAACAUUAGUAAAUGGCCAAGGCAUAACACGACCUAAUCCUGUAAUGACAUUUUUUCAAACUGUAACAAAUACAAUGCAACUCGUGGAACAACAAAAACAAAUGUCACGAUUACCAACAAGUUUAAAAGGAGUUAAUAUGAUUAGACGAGCACGAGAACAGAAUUGUGGUCAUCUUUAUCACAUAUUGAUUAUGUUGAAAUUUAUUUUACUUAACUGGUCGAAAAUUCCGUUUUUUUUAUAUGUACUUUCAAUUGGUGGUCUUUUUUCACUUGGAAUUCUCAUCCUUGGUGGAUAUGUUAUUUUCUCUCAUUGGGCUUACAGACAUAUUUAUUAUGGACCUUGUUUUAUUAUCUUAUUAAGUUAUCUUUUAAGUUAUGGAACUUCAGUAUUUUUUCAGUAUGCUUCCGAUGCAACUAUUAUUUUGCCUGUUGCAAUAGUUAUAUUUCUUUGGGGUUGUACAAGUAGAGCGUCAUUAGAAGUACUUGAGAUGGAUUAUUUAUUUAACAGAACAGUACUCAGUGUUGUUCUCUAUUGUGUAGCGAUAUUGAUAAUGAAGAUAAUAUUAUUAUCAAUUCGAUUCUAUUAUUCGUUUAUGCCGAUAUAUGUCGCAGCAGGUCUUCUGACUUGUCUCAAUUUUUAUCUGUCAUUUAAGGCUCAUCUUGUUUAUGCAAAUGCAAUUGCAACAACUAUGAAUCAACCAAUGUUGCCUGUGUAA